UAGGAGCUCGGCAGCCGAGAGACGGGCGACCGUUUUGGCCUAAGAGCUGGCGGUUGACGAGGCCGUGGGAACGGGGCACAUCCGCCAUGUUCUGCGAAAAGGCCAUGGAGCUGGUCCGUGAGCUGCAUCGCGCUCCGGAAGGGCAGCUGCCCGCCUUCAACGAGGAUGGACUCAGACAAGUUCUGGAAGAGAUGAAAGCUUUAUAUGAACAAAACCAGUCUGACGUGAAUGAAGCAAAGUCAGGUGGACGAAGUGAUUUGAUACCAACCAUCAAAUUUCGACACUGUUCUUUGUUAAGAAAUCGACGCUGCACUGUAGCAUACCUGUAUGACCGGUUGCUUCGGAUUAGAGCACUCAGGUGGGAAUACGGCAGUGUCUUGCCAAAUGCUUUACGAUUUCACAUGUCUGCGGAAGAAAUGGAGUGGUUCAAUCGUUAUAAAAAGUCCCUUGCUACUUAUAUGAGAUCACUGGGAGGAGAUGAAGGUUUGGACAUUACACAGGAUAUGAAACCUCCGAAAAGCCUAUAUAUUGAAGUAUAUUCAUCCAUGACUUCAAAGGAUUUUGCCAAUGAUGAUGAGGUUGCAAAAGUCAAGAAGGUAGUGGUUGAGAUGGCAAACAACUUUAACCUGGGUGUGGAUGAGGAUGACAUUGAGGGACUCCUAGUGGUGGUUCCUGAGGAAUUCAUGAAUGAGGAGAUGUUGGAACUGGAAAAGGAAUGCAUACCUGACUACGAGAGAGAAAUUUUCAUUAUCUAUUAUCUGCUUACAGGACAUAUUUCUGAAAACAGUGACACCCACCUCAAGAAGGGCCUCAGGCCUUCAACAGGUGUUCCAGAAAAAGGCAUUGCUAUCAUGGGAGAUGACAGCUCCACGUGUGUUAUUGUCCCUAUAGACCUUCCAGUGGGACAAGAUGUGGAGGUGGAGGACAGUGAUAUUGAUGAUCCUGACCCUGAUAGGCCUAGGCUACACUUUUUGCCUCGGUGGAAGUGUGAGCAGUUGAUUAGACAAGGGGUUCUGGAGCACGUCCUGUCAUGACUACGCAGAGGCCCUGCCAGGCUCUGCCUGCCGUGCGAGGCUGAACUCACUCACAAAUCUUCUACAUUUCACUCUCUCCACCUCCCUCUUUGAUUUUAAAUGUUAUAAACAUUCUUUAAGGUAACCAGGAAUACUUGACUAGGAGUAUAAUUUGCUAGCUGUUAAGGACUUCUGUUUUUCUAUGUUGUAUACUGUUCUUCCUACUCCUUUUUGUAAUAAACUGUGUCUGUAAUUAUAACAUUGCUACAGUUAUUACAAUAUAUUUUUAAAAUUAAAGUAAA